UCCACCAGCUAUACAUUAGGAGGUGAGUAUCAGGUGUUCCUGAGUUUCAGAGGGCGCGACACUCGCCGCGGAUUCGCCAACGUCCUCUACCACGACUUAAGAGAUGCUGGGAUUCAUGUUUUUGUCGAUGACGAAGAGCUUCGACCGGGCGAAAGAAUUAGUGGCAACCUUUUGCGAGCGAUCGAUGACUCUAGGCUCUACAUACCCAUCUUCUCACCAAAAUACGCUUCGAGUCACUGGUGCCUCCGCGAGCUUGCGAAGAUUGUGGAGAACACCUCUGAAUCUAGAAGAGAAGAUGGGAGUGAGAAGGUGAUAUUGCCCAUCUUUUAUAACGUGGAACCUGAUGAUGUGAAGUUGAGGACCCAAUUGUACAAUAAUGACAUUCUGAAUUUGGAGCAAAUGAUGGAGGAUCAGAAGAAGAAGUUCAGCUCCCAGGAUGUAGAGAUGUGGCGGCAAGCUCUCAGAAGAGUUGGUGGCAUCAGCGGGUUGGACUCCCAGGAUUAUACAGGGUAA